AUGAGGACAACAUGUUUAUCUGAUCUCGGCAGGUCUUCUGUGGUCUUCAUCACGUGGACAGCAAGAGAGGCAUCAGCUUGUAAUGACCAAGAGCAACUGAAAAGCCCACCAGAAAACAACACAGUACCCAAAUACUACCAGCAUGUCCUUUCCUUAGUCUUUGCUGUGAAGGAGGUCAAUCAGAACCCCAAGAUUUUACCCAAUAUCACUUUGGGGUUCCAGAUCUAUGACAGCUACCUCAAUGCAAGGAUGACUUAUCAGAAUACUUUGAAUCUUCUGUUUCGCCAGAAGAGGACUGUCCCCAACUACAAGUGUGGUGUUGAGAAGAACCUGAUUGCUGUCAUUGGGGGCCUUGGCCCUGAGACUUCUUUCCACAUGGCCUCCAUCUUGGGCCUUUAUAAGAUUCUCCAGGUCACCUAUUCUUCAUUUAAUCCAGUGGUGAGUGACAAAGACCACAUUUCUUCCUUAUACCAAAUGGCCCCCAGUGAAGGACAUCAAUACACUGGGAUUGUCCAGCUUCUUCUGUUUUUCCAGUGGAAGUGGGUUGGAAUCCUUGUCACAGAUGAUGAUCAAGGUGAAACAUUUGUGAAAAAGUUGACACACCAGCUGUCCCUAAAUGACAUGUGUAUAGCUGUCGCUGAAAGAAUGCCAAACCCCAAUGACUUUCUUGAUCCUUCUCAGAUGUUUAAUGACUUUCAGAAUAAGGCCAGGUCCCUAAGCGAAACAAAUGUGGUUGUAUUUGUUGUAACUGCAGACACUAACACCAGGACAUGUCUGCAGUGGUUGCUAAUGGUAGGUGGGAUGCUCAAUUUGAGGCCUAUAAACAAGGUGUGGGUUUUCACCGCUGAUUGGGAUUUCUCUACGGAAACAUUUCACAGAGAUCUGGAUAUUCAAAGCUUCCAUGGUGCCUUAUCCUUUGCCAUUCAUUCCAAUGAGGCUGAGGGGUUCCACAAUUUUCUCCUGAACCUCAAUCCUCACUCUGAUGCUGAUGACUUUCUCAGGCUCUUCUGGGAACAGGCCUUUGGCUGUAAGUUUCUAGAUGUGGAUUUGGACCAAACCUGCACAGGUGAAGAGAAACUGGAGAGUCUUCCUGGGAUUUUUUUUGAAAUGCAAAUGACCAGCCAAAGCUACAGCGUCUACAAUGCUGUCUAUGCUGUGGCACAUGCUUUGCAUGCCAUGUGUGUAUCCAGAACAAAAAAUGGACAGGGGAUGCUUGGAAACUAUGUGGGAUCUCAUGCGCCACAACAUUUUCAGCUUCAACCUUUCCUGAAGAAUAUCUUCUUUAACAACAGCGCUGGGGACACUGCGUUUUUUAAUGAGAACCAUGAGCUAGAAGGUGGAUUUGAUAUCAUCAACUGGGUGACUUUCCACAAUAAGUCCUUCUUAAGAGUGAAAGUUGGGGAAAUGGAUCCCCAAGCUCCACUGGGCAAAGAUUUCUGCAUUAAUGAGAAGAUCAUUACAUGGCACCAAAGUUUUAACCAGGUGGUUCCCCUGGCCUUGUGUAAUGACCCCUGCCAUCCAGGUUACAGCAGACAAAGGAAAGAAGGGGAACCGUUUUGUUGCUAUGAUUGUGCUCCGUGUCCAGAAGGGAAGGUUUCAAACCAGACAGAUAUAGGUGAUUGCUUACACUGCCAAGAAAAUCAGUAUCCUAACAAAGAGAAAAGCCAAUGCCUUCCCAAAAGAGAAAACUUCCUGUCUUAUGGAGAAACUUUUGGCAUCGGCUUGGCUCUUUUGGCUCUGGCUCUGUCUGCAACCACAGCCUUGGUGCUUGGAAUCAUCAUCAAAAACCGGAACACUCCCAUUGUCAAAGCCAACAACCGGAAUCUCACCUACACGCUGCUCGUCUCCCUCCUGCUCUGCUUCCUCUGCUCCUUGCUUUUCAUUGGCCAGCCUCAGACAUGGACCUGCACUGUGAGACAAACUGCUUUCGGGAUCAUCUUCUCAGUAGCCAUUUCUUCUGUCUUGGCCAAAACCCUCACUGUGGUUCUGGCUUUCAUGGCCACCAAGCCAGGAUCCAAAAUGAGGAAAUGGGUGGGGAAAAGAUUUUCCAUCUCUAUCGUUCUUGGCUGCUCCUUUAUCCAAGCAAGUAUUUGUAUAGUCUGGCUAUGUAGCGACCCUCCUUUCCCAGAUCGGGACAUGCACUCUCUGCCCGAAGAAAUCAUCGUGGAAUGCAAUGAAGGCUCGGCCAACAUGUUCUACUAUGUUCUUGGUUACAUGGGACUGCUGGCUCUUGUCAGCUUCAUUGUGGCUUUCUUUGCUCGGAAGCUGCCGGACGUUUUCAACGAAGCCAAAUUCAUCACUUUCAGCAUGUUGGUGUUUUGCAGUGUUUGGGUGUCUUUUGUUCCAACUUAUCUAAGCACCAAAGGGGAAAACCUGGUGGCUGUGGAGAUCUUCUCCAUCUUGGCCUCCAGUGCUGGGAUACUGAGCUGUAUCUUUUCCCCUAAAUGUUAUAUAAUUAUCUUGAGACCUGAACUGAACAAGAAGGAGCAGCUAAAAAGAAAGUAA